GCCUAAACCCGUGCAGAGGUUUGUAGAAAACCCCGUGGCCGCGGUGGAAAGCCCUCUUCUCAUGAUCCGCCAUUAGGAGCACACCGGUGGUGGAUUGAACGGCAGGAUGCAGAUUUUCGUUAAAACCCUCACGGGGAAGACCAUAACCCUCGAGGUUGAGCCUUCAGACACUAUUGAAAAUGUCAAGGCCAAAAUCCAAGACAAAGAAGGCAUCCCUCCUGAUCAGCAGAGGUUGAUCUUCGCUGGUAAACAGUUGGAAGAUGGACGCACUCUUUCAGACUACAACAUCCAGAAGGAAUCUACUCUGCACUUGGUGCUGAGGCUGCGCGGUGGUGCCAAAAAGAGAAAGAAGAAGUCUUACACCACCCCUAAGAAGAACAAGCACAAGAGGAAGAAGGUCAAGCUCGCAGUGCUCAAGUACUACAAGGUGGAUGAGAAUGGUAAAAUCCACCGUCUGAGGCGGGAGUGCCCUGCUGAUGAGUGUGGGGCUGGAGUGUUCAUGGCCAGUCACUUCGACCGUCACUACUGCGGAAAGUGCUGCCUCACUUACUGCUUCAACAAGCCCGAGGACAAGUGAAGGGCUGCACGGACGUUUAAUAAAGAAAAUGUUUGACUAAA